AUGUGGGACGUUAUAUUACGAUAUGACGCUACACAAAAGGUAAACUCUGAUGAGAAAGAGGUCAACUCUGAUGUGAAAGAGGUCAACUCUGAUGAUAAAGAGGUCAAGUCUGAUGAGAAAGAGGUCAAGUCUGAUGAGAAAAAAGUCAAGUCUUAUGUGAAAAAAGUCAACUCUGAUGAGAAAGAGGUCAAGUCUGAUGAUAAAGAGGUCAAGUCUGAUGAGAAAGAGGUUAACUCUGAUGUGAAAGAGAUCAACUCUGAUGAUAAAGAGGUCAAGUCUGAUGAGAAAGAGGUCAAGUCUGAUGAGAAAGAUAUCAAUUCUCAUGAGAAAAAAGUCAAGUCUUAUGUGAAAGAGGUCAACUCUGAUGAGAAAGAUGUGAAAACUGAUGUGAAAAGAUUCAACUCUGUUGUGAAAGAGGUCAACUCUGAUGACAAAGAGGUCAACUCUGAUGACAAAGAGGUCAACUCUGAUGAUAAAGAGGUCAAGUCUGAUGAGAAAGAGGUCAAGUCUGAUGAGAAAAAAGUCAAGCGCCAGAUCGAAGGAAAACCGGACAUAUACUUAAGGAGAUACGCUGGUUGGGUUAUAGACCACAUCGGGGAAUGUCCAUUCCGUGGAACUGAAGUGGCGCCUAACGAGCAUACUGCACCAAAUACAACAAAAGGACUAGCGACGGGCUAA